AUGCAGUUUAGGACUGGAGCUGAUCCUUGUCCAUCAUUGGCUGACCAAGGAGAAUGCACUGGUGAGAAAUACAGUUAGUGGCCCCGCUAAAAUUCGGGGUUUUCCGUCUCUAAAGGCAACAUUUGGAACCCCUCCUCCUCCGUCGGAUCCGAAGUCUUACAGUUACUCCAAACUCAAUGCACCAUUUCCAACAUUUUUUCCAUCUAAACCAACCUCUUCAUUCAUUCAUUCACUUACCAGCGGAAAACAUGAUCUAAUUAAAAUCCCACCAAUCCAAUAUCAAAUUAAACUGAAGAGUAUUUAUACAUAUAUAUACAUCAUCCUUCACCGGUAAUAUUCACCGUGACACGCCGGCGUGCUAGGUCACUCCGGCGAGCUCUGCUUCUUUCUCAUAGAUGCCAAUGUGUGUGCUGGAGCACAAUGGAUUAAGACUUUCAUAGAGCACAAAUACAGGGAAUAUUUGCAAUAUAGAAGACAUCUUUCUGCAGAACUACAAUAAUUUGGAGCUAGGAGAGGCAUACUCUUUCAGUUCCUUUCUUUCUUUCCUUUUUUUCCUAGUUCCUUUCAGUUCCUUCCAAAUCUCAAAUAUUAUACUGCACCUAACAUCAUCAUUAUUUGCAAAUUAAUGGUUCUCGUUGUGGCUUGUCUAAGUUGGUAGUUGAGCUCAGAAUCUAUCUGUGAUGGAAUUCACGAAUGGGCACUUGUCAAAUGAGCAUCAGGAGCUACUUCAAUCAGCCUCAGAAAGUGAAGAUCCAUCAUUAAUUUCUCCAUUACAGAUUUCCUCAUCCCCAAAGUCUCCAAGAUCCCCAAAGUCACCACGAUCCCCUAAGUCUCCAAGGUCCCCAAAUGCUCAUCAUAGCAAAACUAGCACAAGCAAGGGCAGUCCACUGAAGAAUUACAGGCAUUCACAUUCUGGAAGAGAUGGCCGCCCUAAAAAAGGUGGUUCUGGGGGAAAAGGAACCUGGGGUGGGUUACUUGAUACAGAUAACCAAUACGUCCUUGACCCGAACGACCCAAACUACACUAGCAAUGAGGAAAAGAAACAAUUAAGUGCAAGAAAAUUGAGUGCCCCAUUUGAGGAGUAUAAAAAGAAAGCUACAAUAACUGUAGAGGAAUACUUCAACACUGAUGACGUUAUCUUAAUUGCCAAUGAAUUAAGUGAACUUGGAAUGCCAAGCUAUAACUAUUAUUUUGUUAAGAAGCUUGUUUCUAUGGCUAUGGACAAGCAUGACAAAGAAAAAGAAAUGGCCGCUGUUCUGUUAUCCUCACUUUAUGCCGAUGUCAUUGAUCCACCACAAGUAUUCAAAGGUUUCAGUAAACUGGUGGAAUCUGCGGAUGACUUGAUUGUAGAUAUACCAGAUACAGUUGAUGUUCUUGCACUGUUUAUUGCUCGAGCCGUGGUUGAUGAUAUACUUCCUCCUGCUUUUUUGACAAAAGAAAUUGCCUCCUUACCCAAUGAUUCAAAGGGAGUUGAUGUCAUUAAAAGAGCUGAGAAGGGCUACUUAUCGGCCCCUCUCCAUGCAGAAAUCAUUGAGCGCCGUUGGGCUGGCAGUAAGAACAAAACUGUUGAAGAUGUGAAAGGAAAGAUAAAUAAUUUGCUGAUAGAGUAUGUAGUGAGUGGCGACAAGAAAGAGGCUUGCAGAUGCAUUAAAGAUUUGAAUGUACCAUUCUUCCAUCAUGAGAUAGUGAAGCGGGCUAUUACAAUGGUCAUGGAAAGGCAGCAAGCUGAAUGCCAGCUUUUGGAUUUGUUGAAGACUGCUGCUGAAGAAGGUUUGAUCAAUUCAAGUCAGAUAUCAAAGGGAGUUGGACGGAUUAUUGACACUGUCGAUAAAUUAUCGCUCGACAUACCAAAUGCAAGGAAGAUAUUGCAGUCCUUAAUCUCCAAAGCUGCAUCAGAGGGGUGGUUGUGUGCCUCAUCUUUGAAGUCACUGUCAUUAGAGACUGAGAAACCAUCAUUAGAAGAUAGUGUUGUGAAAGCCUUCAAGAUGAAGGCUCAAUCCAUAGUUCAGGAGUAUUUUUUGUCUGGUGAUGUUUCAGAGGUAAGUCAUUGUCUAGAAUCAGAGACAUCUUCUUCAUUGGGAGAAUUGAAUGCUAUAUUUGUUAAGAAAUUGAUGACUCUCGCGAUGGAUAGAAAAAAUAGAGAGAAAGAAAUGGCUUCUAUUUUGUUGUCAUCCUUGUGUUUACCAGCUGAUGAUGUCGUAAAUGGCUUCAUUAUGUUGAUAGAAUCUGCAGAAGACACUGCUCUGGACAUUCCAGUUGUUGUUGAGGAUCUUGCGAUGUUUUUGGCUAGAGCAAUGGUGGAUGAAGUCCUUGCUCCACUGCACUUGGAAGAGAUUAGGAGUCAGUGUUUAGGACCAGAUUCAGUUGGGAGCAAAGUGCUUCAAAUAGCAAAUUCAUUGCUGAAGGCUCGACUUUCUGGAGAACGAAUAUUAAGGUGUUGGGGUGGUGGAUGGAGCAGCAGGAAUGGAUGGGCAAUUGAGGAUGUUAAGGACAAGAUUGGAAAGAUUUUAGAGGAGUUUGAGUCUGGGGGGGAUAUGAAGGAAGCUUGUCGGUGCAUAAAGGAGUUGAGCAUGCCAUUUUUCCACCAUGAGAUUGUUAAGAAAUCAUUGGUGACAAUUAUGGAGAAGAAGAAUGAUAGAUUGUGGGGUUUGCUUCGGGAAUGUUUUAGCAGCGGACUCAUUACCAUGAAUCAAAUGAUGAAGGGUUUUGGCAGAGUGGCAGAAUCUCUUGAUGACUUGGCUUUGGACGUGCCUGAUGCAGAGCAACAAUUUACGCAUUAUGUGGACCAGGCCAGGACUAAAGGGUGGUUGGAUUUAUCAUUUUGUUUCACCAGACCAGGACAUGCAGAGGAGAAUGGCUAUUGUUCAUGAUGCUGAGGUGCACCCUGAAAUCUGAAUUUAGUCUGCUUGUUCAACAUUACAACAUGCAUGCAUAUCAUACUUGUCAAAUCAUAAUAGAAAUUUAGAUUAUAUAAAUUGGUGUUCUCAAGAUUGAAUUAUGAAUUCUAAGGUUCUUGAAAUGUGAAGUAUGACAAUUAAUGCUAGUUUGAGAUAAGUUGAUGAAAAAUUAGGUAGCCAAAUGAGAAAUGUCCAAAUCAGUAAGAAAAAUAGGAUCCAUUUAACCUUUCAGUUUCUUCUGAUAUACUUGGGAUGCCAAUCAAAGCUAGAGCUAAAAAUCCACAAAGCAAUUAAUCAGUGCAUUGAUAAAAUCCCAUAUGUAUGAAUAAAUAAAACAAUAUAUGUAAACUUGGCUUUAUAUUGUGAAUUGUGGUAUUGACUGCAAAUUCAAAAUCAAUCAAAGUUUACAAGAAUGCGAGAUCCCAUGCACCUACUAAAACAGAAGAAAUAAAGUAGUGAUACGAAACCUGCAUCAAUUCUUAACUCCUUGGUGUGACAAUGACCUUCAAUUGCUAGUUCUAUGCUGCUACAGUAGUGAUAUGUAUCUAAAUUCACUCAAGUGGCAUGUAACUCGUAUGAUAUCCAUGAAAAAAAAUUAUUUUAGCAAUAAGAAAGUUUCUGUUCAAAAAUAUUUUAUUAAAAAUGGUUUCCAUUCACCAAUGAGACGGAUUCUAUAUGAAUUAGACUACUGGUAUUUGAAUGACCUUUACAAUACACAGUAGGGAUUGUAGCAGUUUCUUACAUGGUUCUAUCUUAAUUUGUUCAUUGCCCUUUAAAUCACCUAGAAAGGCUGAAAAAAUUAAUAGGGGAAAAAUAAAAAAAAGCAGGGCCUUUAGCAAUCCUAGAAAGGCUGAAAAAAAAUAAUAGGGGAAAAAAAGAAGUAGGACCUUUAGCAAUAUAAAAGAGCAGCUAAAUAUUGAUCUCGAGGCAAUUUACACCAAAGGUCCUGCCACUUGCUGGAUAUUAGGGAAUUAAACUAGAUAGUUUUCUGAUUUUGGUGCCUGCCUAAAUUAUACGGAGUAAUUUUAAGGACUAUUUAUGAAAAAACAUAAAGAAAAUAGAUAGAAAAAAACAAUGAAGAAAACCGCUACCAGAAGCCACUUAUACAUGGUUUCACCUACAAGGUUUUCUGGCAAUCUGGCUUAUAGAAAUAAAAAAGAAAAAAUUGAAGGAUUUACAAGCAAUUAAGAUGGUAAUUAUCAUUAAAUUAUAGUGUAUAUUUCAUGUCCAUAAACCGUUUCUAAUCACUUGUGUUUGUUCUUAAAAUUUCUACCUUUAGUACCAAGGGAAUUAAAAAUAGGUUGGUUAGGCCAUCAUUAGUUAAUCAGGUAUUUUAUUAACAUACAAUUUUGUGAGGAAGCUUUGAUAGGAAUUCUGUAAUGAAGAUGAAGAUCAUAAAAUUUAAUCUAGAUUUAGACUCUAAUAAGCUGGUGACAUGCAGAUCUUGAAACAUAUGAUCAUUUACAAAUAUAUAUAUAUAUAUAUAUUGUAGGGGCAGCAGAAGCACUCGAACAUAAAUAUUCAAUGAAAGCCAAAACAAUCACACACAAACACAAGAUAUACAUGGUUCAUCCAAAAUCGGCCUACAUCCAUGGAUGAGAAGAGAUUCCACUAUGAUUCGUAGAGAUACUGCAACAAUAGAGUACCAACACCACGUACAUGUCUUUUCACCAUGUACGACUUUACGAGCCUAUCUCCUUGCUACCAAUGUCACUGGUAUUUUUCCUACUCUACCGACCCAUAUACUACCUCUACCCAUAAACUUCCUCACGAGACUACAUCUUUCUCAAUCUCAUACCUCUCAACAAUAACUUAGUUAUCUAUUUAUAGAGUCUUAAGCCCAAUUCCUUGUUAGACAAGGAUUGCAAUUCCUUAGAGGCCAAUAUUUGCCAAACAAGAAAUUACCUAAUAGAAUACAACUCUUAAAUAGAAUCCU